AUGGGCUCUAUUCCGACCCCUGUGAAAGAGACGUAUGAUGUUCUCAUCAUUGGCUCAGGCCUAUCCGGCCUUGCUAGUCUGCACCACAUCCGGGAGCAAAUGCCCGAUUGCAGGGUAAAGGUCCUCGACAACGGUGCAGACGUCGGUGGAACGUGGUUCUGGAAUCGCUACCCCGGAUGCCGGUUCGACUGCGAGUCUGUGUCCUAUAGCUACUCCUUUGACAAGGGUCUCUUGGAGGAAUGGCACUGGAAGGAGGCCUUCUCCCCCCAACCCGAGACACACAAGUAUAUCAAGCGCUUCGCAGAGAGGAAUGACCUGUACAAACAUAUUCAGUUCAACACCACGGUCAAAUCAGCUCGCUGGGACGACGAUGCCCAUAACUGGACAUUUGUCGACCAGGACGGCAACCAAUACAUCACCACUUUCUUCCUCAGCUGUAUCGGCUUCCUUUCGACACCAUCACUACCAGCUAUCCCCGGCAUUGAGAAUUUCAAGGGCACGUCUUUCCACACAUCGCGGUGGCCGACAGACUUGAACCUUGCUCGCGAUUUUGCUGGCAAGCGUAUCGGCGUUGUCGGGACCGGUGCCACCGGCAUCCAGACUAUCACCGCACUGUCAAAAGAGCCAAGCAUCAAGUCCAUCAGCGUAUUCCAAAGAACGGCAACAUGGACCGUCCCCUUGCGCAACUACGAGAUUUCGCCAGAGAAAAUGGAAGAGCUCAAGAAAGACUAUGACAACAUUUUCGGCAUCUGCCGCUCCACACCCUCAGGUUUCAUGCACAUGGCGGACCCACGUAAGUCCAUGGAGGUUACGGCAGAAGAGCGCCUGGCCCUUUGGGAGAAGCUGUACAACGAGCCGGGCUUCGGCAAGUGGCAGGGUCUCUUUAGCGACACAUAUACGGAUCGCCAAGCCAAUGAGCUGUAUUCCAACUUUAUCGCAGACAAGAUUAGGGGAAGAGUACACGACCCGGAGGUGGCCGAGUCUCUGAUCCCCAAGACGCACGGUUUUGGUACCCGUCGUGUGCCGUUGGAGAGCGGCUACUUCGAGGCCUUCAACCAAGACAACGUGCACCUUGUUGACCUCAAGAAGGCCCCGGUCUCUGAGGUGAAGUCUGACCGCAUAAUCACAUCCGACGGCAAGGAGCACGAGCUCGACAUCCUGAUCUACGCCACUGGUUUCGAUGCCAUUACAGGCUCCUUCAGCGCAAUCGAAUGGCAAGGCAAAGAUGGACGACCACUGAUUGCGCCGAGUGGAACACCCAAAGGCGAGCGAGCCGUCUGGGUCGACAACAGACCCUACACGUUCCUCGGCAUGACGGUGCCCUCUAUGCCCAACAUGUUUAUGGUUCUCGGCCCGCAUCAGCCCUUUGGCAACGCGACCAGAAACAUUGAGCACGCCGUACAGGUUGUUGUGGAUUUGUUGAAGUUUUGCCGUGAUAAGGGAUACACGUAUGCGGAGGCAACACAGGAGGCCGCGGACGGCUGGACAGAGCAUGUGUUCGAGUGCAGCAAGGGGUCACUUGUCAACGAGGUUGACAGUUGGAUGACGGGUGUAAACACGAACAUCAAAGGCAAGCAGGUUAGAAGCGUUGUUAGAUAUGGUGGAUCUGCGCAGGAGUUCCAGAGACGGUGCAGGGAGGUUAAAGAGUCUGGUUACCAAGGGCUCACAUUUGCUAGGCAGGCUAAGAGUGUAAAGUUGUAG